AUGCCCCUCCGCCCCUCCCACCCCCGCGACCCCAUCGCCGGACCGCCCACCCCAUCCUCCCCCUACCCCCUCCGCCUCCGCGGCCCCGUAAUAAAAGGCUUCGGCCGCGGCAGCAAAGAGCUCGGCAUCCCGACCGCCAACAUCCCUAUCGAAGGGCUCUCGAUAAACGGGUAUACGAACCUGGAGAGCGGGAUCUACUACGGGUGGGCGAGUCUGGACUACAGUACGAUUGAGAAGGAAGAGGAGAAGAAGAGUUCGAACCACGCAGUCGCGGAUCUAGAGUCCUCGACCGCGAGUCCCGAGGACGACGAGUUGAUUUUUAAGACGGAGAGCGGGACGGUGGUGUAUCCGACUGUGUUAUCGAUAGGAUACAACCCCUACUACUCAAACCAACACCGCAGCAUCGAGCUGCACCUCCUGGCCCGCUUCCCCCGCGACUUCUACGGCGCCACCCUCUCGCUCCUGAUCCUCGGCUACAUACGCCCAGAGUACGACUACGUCUCCAUGGAGGCCCUCGUCGACGACAUUCGCGAGGACAUUCGCGUGGCGCGGCGCAGUCUGAAUCGCGAGGCGUAUCUGAGGUAUCGGGGGGAGGACUGGUUGGAGGGGAAGGGUGGGGAUGGGGAGGCGCAUAAGAGGAGUUUGCAAGGGGUGGGGCAAAAGGAUGCCGUGGGGAUCAGUCAGAUGGACCCGUAG